UAGUCACUUGGCAGGAUCGACGUCACUGUUUGUGCUCGGUGAGGGGAAGAUGGCGGAGGCUGCGGCUGUUCCCCCGCAUCGCUUUUUCUGUCAUUGUUGUAAGGGAGAAGUAAACCCUAAACUCCCGGAGUACGUGUGUCCUCGCUGUGACUCAGGCUUCAUAGAGGAAGUGACGGAAGAUUCCAGCAGUCUCCUGGAGGGCGGCGCCAACGGGCUGGAUGACACAACCACCGAGUUUGCAGAGCUCUGGCACCUGCUGUUGAUGGAACGGCCGUUUUCCACCGACAACGACAACCCCGACUCGGAGCCCCGGCUCCCCGGCGGGCGCCUGAACGCCCUCGGCGACUUCGGCGGGUUCGGAGGCGGACCCAUCAGGGGCUCGGCCCCCGCGGGCCUCGGGGGACCUUUGGCGGCCUCGCUGGGCGGCGGCGGCGACCACUGGGGCCCGGCGCGCCCCCCUCGCCUACACAGCCAGAGAAGAUACAGAUCCAGAGUCAGCACUCGGCCCGACCGCUCGCCUGCCGUGGAAGGGAUUGUGCAACAGUUCCUCGCCGGUCUCUUCGCCAACUCCGGUGUCUCCGGUUCGCCGCCCCUGUCAUGGACAGGGAUGCUGCAUUCCAACCCCGGAGACUACGCCUGGGGGCACGGGGGCUUGGACGCCGUCAUAACGCAGUUACUAGGUCAGCUAGACAACACGGGACCUCCUCCAGCCGAGAAGGAGAAGAUCUCCUCGCUACCCUUCGUCAAUAUUUCUCAGGAACAAGCAGACUGUUGCAUGGAAUGUCCCGUGUGCAAAGAGGACUUCGAGGUGGGCGAAGCCGUGCGACAGCUCCCCUGCAACCACGUCUUCCAUUCGGACUGUAUAGUUCCCUGGCUGGAGAUGCACGACACGUGUCCAGUGUGUCGGAAAAGUUUGAACGGAGAAGACAGCAGCAGCCAGCCCCCGUCACAGCCGCCCUCCCUCUCCAUGGACCCCCGCACACAGGAGAGAUGGUCCUUCUGAGACGCUUCUGGCGCUUCUACGUUGUCGUCAUGAUCAUGUUGGAUCCCGUUUGUCUUUAUUUUCUGUCCUCCAUAAACACACGCGCUCUCUUCUUAAAUCCUCCCUUUUCAGGUCAGCUGCUGUCCUUUUUGACCAAUAGAAACAUAGCCGGUCCCUGCAGGCGCUUUUUUGGGGGCUGGGGAGGGGGGGUCAUGCCACGUGACUGUUUUGCAGAGAUUCCUAUUAAGUGGGAGUUUCUCACAUUAAGUUGCUAUUCUAACGUUUCCUAAACGGAAAUAUCACACGCUUGGAGCGCCUCCUAAAGCCCCCGCCCCCACCCCACCCACACACCCCCCCUGGUGUAUAUAUUCUAAUAAUCCGAGGUCAUCCCCGUGUCAUUUAAUCCCCGUCCGUGUUUGACUGUCUGUCUGACUUUCAUAUUUUUAUCAUCCUUUUGUUUUUUAAAUGUAAAUAAUUGUAGUCAAAACAAAGGAAAAAAAACACAUUGAGAAUGGAGACGCAAAUGUGAAAUAUGUGCUUAAUUAACGAGUUGUAUAUUAUAUAAAUGAAAAAAAAAUGUCUAUGAUGUAUUAAUAAAAUGACCAAAAAAAAUGGUUUUA